UUAAAACAGACCAAUCACUAUUGAUGUCAUUUUCUUGUCGUUCGUCGCUACUUCGGCGGUCGCUAUCGUGUGUUUCUAGAGCGCAGACGUUACGCUCUUAUCGGAGGUUUUGUAAGGCAGCUGAACGUUCGACUCUAAUAGAGGAAUUUGAAGGAAAUGCGGCCGCUGAAGAGACAGUUCGACUAUUACUGGAAGGAAACAGAGUCAAACUGGCAGAAACUAUCACAUUAAUCGAGUCUGCGCAUCCCGUCAAACGUCUGCUGGGUCAGUCGAUUAUCACCGCCGUGUUGGAGCAGUUCCACAGAAAUCAUCCGUCGACAUUCCGAGUCGGAAUCACAGGACCACCCGGUGCUGGAAAAUCAACAUUUAUUGAGACAUUUGGGACGUUUCUGACAUCACAAGGACACAAAGUUGCAGUCCUGGCAGUUGAUCCGAGUUCUUCCACAACUGGUGGAUCUCUUCUUGGUGACCGAACGAGGAUGCCUGAAUUGUCACGUAAUCCUAAUGCUUAUAUCAGACCAUCUCCGUCAUCAGGAGCACAAGGUGGUGUAACAAGGAGUACUGGCGAGACCAUUCUACUUUGUGAAGCUACCGGUUACAACAUCAUUUUAGUGGAAACAGUAGGAGUCGGUCAAGCAGAACAUGCUGUUGCUGACAUGGUGGAUAUGUUUGUACUUUUGACACCUCCAGGAGCAGGAGAUGAGCUCCAGGGCAUGAAAAGAGGUGUUGUCGAGUUGGCUGACAUGGUUAUUGUAACGAAAGCCGAUGGUGAGUUGAUGAAAGCAGCAAAUCAUAUGAAAGCAGAAUACCUCAGUGCACUGCGCUUUCUCAAACGACAAACAAAGUUAUAUUACCCCAAGGAGUCGGGACACUUUGAAUCAAAACGACAUCACCAACAGAAAGCCUGGAUGUGGAAUCACAUUCGACAUCAAAUACUGUCCAGCUUCAGACGACAUCCUGCGGUACAGGAAUUCUAUGAAAAGUAUGAAGAGCUGGUUGUUGAUGGUGUGUUGACACCGGGAGCAGCUGCAGACAAGUUACUUGCAUGUUUUCUGGAUGACAGACGAGCAAAUGAGAGUGAAGCCAAGAAAUAGUGAAAUCCGAGUCUUGUCUAAUGUUUAGACACAUGGACACGUAUCUGCGUAUAUUUUGAACAAUUUCAAUAAAAUC